AUGGAUUCUUCUACUAAUUCGUCUAGUGCUUCUGCACCUCAGCGUCGCAGCAAAUCCUCUACAUCGUCUCCAGGGCCACCGUUUCCAAUGGACGCUCGCAUGCCUGUCUCACAGAGCCAUUUCGCUCAGGAGGCAGAAAAUCGCGAUCUCAAGCAAGGCGCUGCUUGCAAAGUACCGAAGCGCAAACGGUUGGCCAAGGCGUGCGAUGCAUGUCAUAAGAGUAAGAGACGGUGCGACGGUACUGGCAACUACUUUGCUUCGAAAGAGUGUACAUACACGGAUGCAUCUGGACGUCCGGUUCCUGCUCCCCGAGCGGGGCAUCCCUCGGAGGAUACCCAGCGUUCGUCUCAAGCCCCUCUAGAUGGUGUGCCCAGCCGAGCAGGCCCUUCUGCUGUACCUGCGAUUCGUGCGACUCCGCAAAUGCAUCCCGUCAAGAUACCUUCCCCGUUAGCUGGAGAUCAGCACGAAUUUGACGAUUCUAACGAGCAUCGCAAACGUCGACGGAUUGAACAAGGUCCAACCUUUGCUGGUCCUCCUAUUCCUUCGCCGCCCCAAGCGGUCCUUGUCAAUAAUCCGAUCUUAGACCGCUCCAGUAGCCCUGAUGCGGCUUUGACCAGAGAGCUUGUUAAUCUCUUCUUCACACAUUGCCACCCGUCUCGGUUGAUACUGCACAAGCCAUCGUUCUCUGCUGCCCUGAGCCAUAACGGGGUGCCACCCUAUCUGCUGCAUGCUAUGUAUGCCCUUGCGGCGCCCCUAUCGAAGCAGCCUGGGAUCCGCACGACUCCGGCGCGAUUGGCGGGAAAGAGGUUCUUCAAUGAUGCCGUCUCCAUGAUGUUCGACAGCACUGGUCGACUUUGCUGCCCUCCAGAUCUGGUCACUGCGCAAGCUUUGUGUCUCCUGCAGAUGCAUAUGUUACAGCAAACUACGCAACCUAUUAUGACUCCCAUAAAAUACCAUGAUCUUGCGUUAGGCAUCGUCGAGAACUUGGGGGUUUACAAGCCAGACAACCCAGUCAUCACCCCUAUGCCUUCUGCCGAGCACGUCCACAGUUCCAUCGAGCGGGAAUGCACGCGCCGUGUCUUCUGGUUUAUAUACUUGCUCGAGCUCCUUCGGCAGACGUACUCCCACAGGUCCAUGAUGCUCCGCCCCGAGGGUCAAGACCUGAGCAUGCGCUUACCCGUGGACGAGACGAGUUUCGAGCUCGCGGUGCAUAUCACACUGCCCGCAGAGUAUUUGCACUUCCCGCCUCCGCGUAUGCCGUAUACCUCGGAGUUUGGACAUAUCAUCCGGGUGACUAAGAUCAUGACCGAGUUUGAGACGAAAGUGUGCCCCUCUUGCAAUGGUGGCAUCAUCCGAGAUGAUCGCGCACAUGCUUCGGUUUUGCAAGAGACAGAGAUCCAACUUGAUACUUGGGCACAGAGCUUGGCCGACCAUCUGCGUUUCAACGAGCAAAAUGUACAGCUCCAGGUAUCCAUGUUUGAGACGAGUUCCAACACCGGCGCCUGGUGUUUCUUCUUCAUGCAUGCUGUGCACGCGUCAUGCGUUCUGGCGAUCAAUGAACUGAAGCAGAGAGCCAAGGGCGAGCCUCCCAACGCUGCCCAGGAAUGGUCUCGAUCGUGCUUGAAUCAGAUUCUGUCCUCGAUGGGCAAUAGAGCUAAGAAUAGUUUCAUAUUGGCUGUUAUUCUCUGGCCUCUGUAUAAGUACUGCAAGGAGGAUAACCAGCAGCUGCGGGAAUGGGCUGCAGCGUACCAGGAUUUCUGGGGCGUUGAUCUCCGGGACCUUGCACUCAAUUCUCAGUCGCCCCAUGCCCCGGACUUAUACACCCCCCCAGGCGGAGCCAGUUCGUCGUCGAGGUCUGAUUACUCGUUACCCCUACAUCACACUAUUACGAAACCCGAGUCAAGCGACCCGUACACGCAGGAUGGUCGCACCGAACGUCAGGAUGGUCCUUUGUUGCCCUCCUUGAAGGCCAGUGGCCUGCUUGAUUCUUGGAGGCCGGUCGGCAAUUCCAACGGGCCAGCGCCAGCGGGGAAUGCGUGGAAUCCUUCCAUCACUCCGCCUUCCGGCCGAGAGCAGAAUGCAAACACUAUGGACCCCUCGCGUCACGCAGCAGCAGGGGUUCCAGUAGGCAUGCCGUGGCUCGCCAACGAGCCGUAG